AUGUCCUCCUCCUCCUCUUCAGCAUCGUCCUCAUCAGCAUCACCAUAUCCCUUUGCCACCGCCCCCGACAUCAUCCGCUCUCACCAAAAGGAUGCAUACUUCACCGGCCACCUCACACAGAUCCUGAGCGAUCUGCAUCGUCGCCUUCGCGGUGCCCGUCUCACACACGCCCGCGCACCCGAGAUCCAGACCCUGGCAACGCUCGCCUACUUUGCUCUCACAACAAUUCCCGGGAACCGAACCCUCGGCGAGGAGUAUUGCGAUCUUGUGCAGAUAGAUGCGCGUGAUGGUCAACUUCCUGCUAUCGGCCGUCGCGCAGGCUACGUAGCUGCCAGCAUUCUUCUCCCCUAUAUCGCGGCCCGGAUUCUCCCUGGGCUACGCGCUCGGCUGCGCAACCUUCUACAGCGCCGGUUAGAGAGCCUUCGCAAACGAGAUAACGGUUCGACGACAGGGCGCGAAGCGCGCAUGUGGUCUUACCUAGACCAGCAUCUGGGCUCUUUCACAUCAGGCGCUCCUUUCAAAGCCGUUAUUCUAGCCCUUUUCUACUUCAGCGGUACAUAUUACCAGCUGUCCAAGAGACUUCUUUCCCUGCGAUACGUAUUCACACGUACCGUUCCUGAUACACCCGAUCGUGCAGGAUACGAACUCCUAGGUGUACUGCUUGUCAUUCAACUUGCGGUCCAGGGCUAUACCCAUGUUCGAUCUACAAUUACCGAGUCAGCAGCUCGCGAACGCGCUGCUUUUGGGGCUUCUGAUGAUAUCUCUUUGAACCAUGACGGAGCCUACAAUGGCGAUAACAACCUAUUGCUACCCACAGGGGCUUCAAGCUCAAAGGCUAAAGUCGACAUCUUUGCUGCCACACACACCCCAGCAGCAGCUGUACCACGUAUUCAAUUGACUGAUGACAAGACCAUGGGCUACAUCAAGGGUGGACAACAAAGAAAGUGCACACUGUGCUUGGAAGAGAUGAGAGAUCCCUCCGCAACACAAUGCGGUCAUGUCUUCUGUUGGGAGUGUAUAGGAGACUGGGUGAGGGAAAAACCCGAAUGCCCUUUAUGUCGACGUGAAGCCAUGGCUCAACACAUCUUACCACUACGUGUGAUGUAG